UCGACAGCCACUUGGUGAGAGAUUUUCACACCAAGGAAUCUCGUGGAUUUGCUUUUGUCACUAUGGCAACUACAGAUGACGCUGAGCGCUGUAUCAAGGAAUUCGAUCACACGGUUCAAUUUGAUCGGGUGAUAGUUGUGGAAAGGUCAAUGAGACAGUGUCCCAGGACUCCAACUCCUGGCAAGUACAGUGGUACAAGAUACGACCAUGAACCGAGAGGGAGACAAACUCUUAGUCAUUCACCUAGGCAACAGCGGGAUAAACAUCGUUAUUCAAGGGACCGAUCUCGUAGUCUGUCACCUGUAAGAAAGGAGGAUAGAUAUCGUUUUUCAAGGGAUCGAUCUCGUAGUCAGACACCGAUACAAAAGGAGGAUAGUUAUUCAAGGGACCGGCGAGGAAGAUCACGUUCUCCACGAUCACAUAGGAGGCAGAGGGAUUAGUUGUCAAGAUUAAGCAAAGAUAUCCCUACCCAUUAUAGCCUCCAAUAUUUGAAAUAGUAUCCUUUUGUAUGUGAAAAGGUCAUAGCACAUGUCAACCAUGUUGUUAAUUAGGUUACUUGUACCGAGGUUGUCUUAUCCUACAGAGCAUGCAUGCAUUCUGCAAAAUUUGGUUUUUUUUUCCAUCCCAUUAAUCUGGUAGUUUCUUAAUGGCCGAAUGUAUAGUUCAUUGCUUGAAAGACCGAGAGAUACAUGGAAUUCACGCCCCAACUCUUGUUUUCCGGAAGUAUGUAUGAAUUUGACAAUGUCAUUUUCUAUAUUUGGCAAAUUCUGGUGGA